CAUUUCCUUCUUUGGUCGUGCAAGGGAAAAAAAAAAUUUGGGACGUGUAGUAAGUACCAGAAAUUCUCCUGAUGAUAAACUCAUAAGUGAUUCCAGGGAGCGAUGACGCGAAGUUAGGUUAAUAGCGACCCGCUAUUGGAGAUCUCUUUUUAAGAACAGUAUUGUCCUCGAUGGCUGCAAUCCUUCAAAUGGGUACAGCCGAAAUGGCUGUUCUUAAGGAGAAAGAAGGAAUUGGAAUUCCACCUACUUUGCGAGGAACUGGUGAUGGAAUGGAAACAAAGGAAUCAUUGAAAACCUUAGAGGUAGGGGCAUUGCUUUCCAAGGUCACACAAAGCCCAAAGAGGAAAGAUGUACCCACGCCGUCACUGAGUCCUGGAGUGCUUCAUCUUGGGAAGAUUCACAAUAACAACUCCAUUGAAAUUGAUGCUGUCCGGAUUCUGAUACCAAAAGCUGCAAUAACUCAUAGAGUUGUGGCUAAACAUUUCAAACAUGCAGAAACCAACGGAAAUUGUAAGGCAGAACCAGCUGAGGGAGUUAUUGAUCCCUGGAAACAGCUCUCUGAGUUGCAAACUGCUGUAGAGAAACUGAAAAGUUCUGAGAAACGGUUGUUACAAGACAAGGAAGGCCUCUCUAACCAGCUUAAAGUACAGACUGAGGUUAACCGAGAAUUGAAGAAAUUGCUUGUGGCGUCUCUUGGUGACGAUCUGCAAUAUCACUUUGAACGUAUAGCUCGAGAGAAAAACCAGCUUAUUUUAGAAAAUGAGGCUCUAGGACGAAAUACAGCACAGCUCUCAGAACAGCUAGAGCGAAUGUCAAUACAGUGUGAUGUGUGGCGCAGUAAAUUCCUAGCGAGCAGGGUAAUGGCAGAUGAACUGACCAACAUAAGAGCAAAUCUGCAACGCCAAAAUAGAGAUGCCCAGAGCGCAAUUCAGGAUUUGUUAAACGAAAGGGAGCAAUUUCGACACACAAUGUCUCAAACCCAAAAAUUACUAGAAGAGCUACUUGUCUCUUUGCAGUGGGGAAGGCAGCAGACUUACCACCCAGGUCCACAACCUCACAGUACUGCAGAGCUGAUUACAUCCAAUCUGAACUUGGCAACCGCUGUGAAAUCACACCUGAUUGGAAAUACCGGCUCAAGUACCGCUAAGCAUGCAUCGCAACCAAUAGAAUUUUCUUGCACGCCUGCAGAAAAAAUGGCAGAAAUGGUGUUAAGAGCGCUGGACCCAAUCACGUGUACUGAAGGAUCGGUAGAACUGUUGUUUUCAGACUCUUCACCUUCCUUUCUUGCUGCAAAGAAAAACAUUGGCCGAUUUCACCCUUACACCAGAUAUGAGAAUAUAACGUUCAAUUGUUGCAAUCACUGUAAGGGAGAACUGAUAGUUCUAUAAAAUUAGAGUAGACGGUUCCAGUUUUCUCCUUCUCAUUGUUUGCUGUGGAUUAAGACAGAUUCACGUAGCAGGACAAUGGGCUGACAAGUCAGAAACCGAGAGACAUUGGUGCUCCAGUGUUAUAAAAAUGUAAUGUUUUUCACAGUGCAAUACAUUUAUUAAAUAUACCUCUCCAAAGUAAUAUGGGUUUAAAAAAAUUCAUUAAGCAGGUUUUAUAUUUGGUUUCCAGAAUACUGAAUGUUUUUUUGGAUAUUUUGAUUUCUGAUACAGGAAAUUGAGGUUAUUUAUAAACCUAAAUCAACCAUUAACAGCUAUUCCUUUCAAAUACAUAUAGAGUCGGACAGAAACGCAAUCAUUUGAAGUUAAAAUAUUAAUCUCAAAACGUAAAAUGUAAUGCCCUACAACAUAUGUAAUUAAGGAAGAUAUCAUUGCAAUAAGAAGUCAUUAUUUAUUCUAAUUGCUUUUGUUUAACCGCUCUAGAGAGCCUAGAGUAGCUUUGUCUUAAAGGGACAAUCUACUUGAUUUUUUUUUGUAUUGUUUAGAAAGAUAGAGAACAUGUUUACUACACAUUCCCCAACUUUGCACAACCAACAUUGUUAUAGUAACAUACUUUCUAACCUCUAAGAUUGCCUAUUUUUAGGCCUACCCUUUACAUUAGUGCUUUUUAUUAUUAUUUUUUAGCUUUUUACAAUCUGGCACUACUAUUGGCUAAAAUGCAAGGUUGUAAAAAAAUCUAUAAAAAAUGCACUGAGAUAAGGGGUAGUCUGCAGUGGCUUAGAGGUAAUCAUAGAGGUAAAAAGUGUUUUAAUAUAACAGUGUUUAUGCAAAACUGGGGAAUGGGUAAUAAAGGGAUUAUCAAUCUUUUCAAACCAUAACAAUUUCAAAUAGACUGGCCCUUUAAAGGGACAAUUAAUACGUAGAGAUUUCAGUAUAAAAUGUUUAGUUAUGUCAGUGUAAUGAAAGAACUUUGCAAUAUAUUUUCAUUACUUAUUUUGACACAUUUGUCUUAUCUGUCUAUUUUAAAGAAUACAGAUAGGUUUUAAAAUGAAUCCAACCCUAUAUAUUCUAUUUAUUUUGCCUAAUUUUUUUGUGUAUUUUAAUGUCUUAAAGUUAGACUUUGCUCAUAUCUUAUUCCAUAGUAAGACAACAGAAAUAUCUGUUAAUUACAGGGUGCUCACUGUCCCUUUAACAUGUCUAUUUGUUUUUUCCCUUUACACUGUGCUGUUCCCUUCAGUCAGUCAGGGGCAGCAUUGGCUGAGCAGUGAAGCGUAUACCUAGUUUGUGCAGCCUCUGGCUAUGCAAAGCACAGCUGGGUAAAGAAGUACAAAAAAAUGUUCUGCUCGCUGAAACAGCAUUUUGUCUGUUACAAUGGGAGUGAUGAAUUUAACAUUAACGUAUCCCUUCUAUCUAUUAAUGCUGAGCAAUUAAGCCACAAAGCCAAUUGGGAAUUAUAAAAAAAAAUCCUGUGUAACUAUUUAGAAAAUGUAAUUGAUUUAACCCUUUGAUCAAAGGUUUUAAAAGUGUAGUUAAGUGUUUUCCAACAAUUUUCCAUCAGUAAGCAUUUUUAAGAAAUGUAUAGAUAUAUAAUUUUGAAAUGAAUGCAAAUUUGUGAUCUUAUUUGGUAAAAAGCAGUAUUGUAAGAAUAAAAUAUUAUUUUCCACUUU